AUGGUUUGGCUUCUCGAUGAUCACUGGGACAAACAACACCGGUCGUACGCUAUGGCGGUGGAGCAGCGGGAGCUUGCACCUUUGAAGCUUCGUUCUCACGGGGUCACCCUUGGGUGGAUGCGCUAUGAUGAGCGAUACACAACGUAUGUAAGGAAGACAGGACUUCUCCCUUUCAUUCAUAUGCCUCCGGAACCAGCAGCAGAAAACAAGAAGAAGGAAAGAGUCGCAGCCGGUGCUACUUUCACGUGGAUUACUGAGCACUUUGGUACUUGCCCACCGGAAGCUGAUGAGGACACGGUCAAGACAUAUGCUCGUGUCUACAUGUGGUAUGUGAUAUCCAGGACUAUGUUUGCUGAUGGCACAGGCAAGAAUGCUCCAUGGAUGUGGCUGAAGGCAUUGACCGUCUUCGAUAGCAAAUGGAGUUGGGGUUCGGCGACACUGGCUUACUUGUAUAGACAGUUGGACGAAGCCUGUUGUAGGUCAUCUGGAGGUAUUGGUGGUUGUUUGCUCGCACUUUCCAUAUGGAGCUGGGAGCGUUUGCCGGUUGGACGUCCGAAGAAGGUGAAGUACGAUGAUUGGGACGACAAAGGCGACCUACGGCUACCCACUUGGGCUUACAAGUGGGAUGUGAUAAAUGAGACGACAGAUGAUCCCUCGGUCAUGUACAAGUCGUACCAGAGCGAGCUUGACGCGAUCACGCCUGAGCAGGCACAUCCGCCGGAGUGGGAGGACACGGACAAGUUGCUACACAACAACUAUCUCACAUGGUUUCUUGCAAGUACCCGUGUGGAGGUAUGCAAGCCGGCGUAUGCUGAGGAGAUUUUGGAAGAACCCACUGUUUUUGAUGAGGUAGCCCAACACCAGUACAACGCAUUAGUCAGGAAAGGCAACUCAGUGAUCCCUUCAGCUCCAAUGAUGAACUUUGUUGUUGAUGAUGAUAUGACCUUGGGGACGUACCAGGCUAGGUCUGCAUACAUGCUAAAGCCUAGGAAGGGAAUCAACAAGUACACACCUGAAGACUUCACCGAAAGAGGCAAAAGGACGGUCGGCACCUCGCGGAUGGCGGCUUUGGAUGACUAUUUGGAUGACGAUGUCAAUGACGUGGAGGAACCGGAGCCGGAGCGGGAGCGUGUUCCUCUUCCUAGGAAGGUGAAGAAGUUAGCCAGCAAGAGGGGGGGAGCAGCCAAAAAGCGCUCAAGGAACUAG